AUGAUGAUGAUUCGGCGUCGUACUGUAACAUCGAGCAUGUACUUUCAUAUAGAACUGAGCUGUGCCUUUUAUAUUCAUCAAGAGAUGGGAAAGGAAAGGCGACAAAAGUUAAUGCUGUUUUUCUACGAGCUACUCAAAAAAGCACCAGAAACUCCUCCUCUUCCGAUUGUGAAGAAACAGAUCUUCGUUUUGAAAGUGACAGGCGUCUUUGCCGAGGAGACACCAAUAACAGUACAGUGUGAAAGUGACAGCACCGCCAAGACAAUCAUCCAGCAGGUGCUACUGAACGCUGGAAAGAACGUUGAUCAAGUAGAUGAGUAUGCUCUGAUUGAAGAAUCUUCACAGUCCACAUCUGGAGAGGAGCCCGUGGAACAAAGG